AUGUCUGAACUUCAGAAGAAUCCAGAAUGUGCAGCUGACCAAGGCCAGACCUGUGAGGCAACCCAGGACCUACAGGUUGCAGCAGUCUCCAAGGAUGUUGAGGAGCCAUGUUCUUCCUCCCAUCUUAUGCCUGGUAAUAUGAAGGGCCAGACCUGUGAGGAGAACCAGGGCCUAGAGAAUACACAAGUCUCCAAGGAUGUUGAGGAGCCAUGUUCCUCCUCUCAGGCUCUUAUGGGUACAAACCAGGAUGAUGAGACACCCAGUACUUCUGGGGGUCUUCAGAGUGCCUAUGUUUCUACAGGAGCCUCUACUCAGGGUCUUAGUAUCCAAGAUCCGGGUAACCCAGUCAAUCCACCAGGUCAGCCAGGCCCCGUGGAUUUACCUGUGAUAGGUGUAGAUGGGAAAGUUGAUUUCUUGGUGAAUUACAUGCUCUACAAGUAUCAGAUGAGAGAGAUGAUGAGCAUGGCUGAGAUAGUGAGACUCAUUGUCAGAGAAGAUGAAUAUCGUUUCCAUGAAAUCCUCAUGAAAGCUGCUGAGCGCAUGGAGAUGGUCUUUGGCCUAGAUUUGAAGGAAGUAGAUCCUGUCAACCACUUCUAUGCCCUCUUUAUCAAAUUAGGUCUCACCUAUGAUGGGAUGCGCAGUGAUGAGUAUAGCUUUCCUAAGACCGGUCUCCUGAUACUCAUCCUGGGGAUAGUCUUCAUGAAAGACAAUCGUGCCACUGAAGAUGACAUUUGGGAAGUGUUGAACUCAAUGGGAAUGUAUCCUGGGAUGAAUCAUUUCAUCUUUGGUGAUCCUAGACAGCUGAUAACUGAUGAGUUUGUGAGGGAGCAAUACCUGGUGUACCAGCCAGUAGCCAAUAGUGAUCCUGUGCAGUAUGAAUAUGUGUGGGGGCCCCGGGCUCGAGCUGAAACUAGUAAGAUGAAAGUGUUAGAGUAUGUGGCCAAGAUUCAUGCGACAGACCCUACUUCUUUCCCUUCUCAGUAUGAAGAGGCCCUGAUAGAAGAAGAAGAGAGAACCCUUCACAUGAUGUUAAAUGCUGCUGGCCCGAGUUCUGCUUCUGGUGCUAGUUCUAGUGACAUGGGAAGCGGGUUCCCUCAUAUGUAG